AUGAAGGCAGCACGACAAGCCUGUCGCCCAAAACACCAAGUUCUCGUCCUCAAAUGCUACCCCAAAUUCACAAAGUCGACGGCUCCUGCGCGCGCCAACUCGUCGGAGCUCUCGUACCUCCUCUACUACGCCAGCACGCGACGCAGCAAAUUGCAGAAAGUCUGCGCCUUCCUCGAUAAGCGCGCAACCAAGGAUGUGUGGAAGAAUAGCACGGGCAGUGUUUCGGUGACGCUGCAGAUUGUCAAGGCGUUGAUUGAAAAGUGUCCACGCGAUCUACCGCUGUAUGCCGAUGCCGUCUUGUGCAUCUUGAGAACCAUUUUGGGGAGCGGGGUCAUAGACAUGGUGGAGGAGAGUGUGCCGACGUUUGAGGCACUGUGCAGACAUCAGGAACCUGCGGCGCUGGCAGCGGAUGGCGAGUACAUUAGACUCUACGAGGAGGUCGUACAGGCCUAUGCACAGUUCGCUGCAAAGGAAACACUCAAGACGGGCAAGACGCCGGUGAGUUGGCCGGUUGCAAUCAGGUAUCGCAAGGCGGGCCUCAUGGCACUCAAGGCCGUGGGCAGCUCAGAGAGCCUGGGCAGCCAGACGGGGAGGCAGCUGCAGGCGAUUCUACCCGUCAUCCUGCUCAAUCUUUAUGCCGAAGAUGCCAUCUAUCUCAAGAGGUUGCAGGCGAGGGAGGCGGAGCAGGGUGAGCUUGAAAAGGACAUGGUCAUGAGGAGGAGGCAGAGCGUGUCUACUGCACGAACAGACGAGGACGAAGGCGGCGAUGCGAUUGCUGCGUCUGGCACCACAGAAGAUGCGGAUAAGCUGGCAGAAGAGGAGGUGGGUGUACUGGCACUUCAGGCAAUAAGAAAUAUCUUUCAAGGGGUGAACCGUGGACUCUUGCGCUUUGCAACGUCGGCCGUCUUGGACUUUGUUGCAACCAAAGUCAAGUCGCCACAGCAUGCCGAGGGCAGCAGCACGAGUUGGGCAACAACGCUCAUGGCUACCAUCUGCGCGUGGGCUCCUGUGCAGGACCGGUACACGAUUCUCGUUGGCAUCGUUGAAGCACUUGUUCGCAGUCCCAUCGUCGAGGAGGACUUGGAGCGUCAGAUUGUUUUGGCAGCCAUCAUUGACCAUCUGCUUGCGUCCGCCAUCAAUUUCAUCGGUCUUAGUGUCAUGGAUGUCCUCGUCGGUCUCAUCUCUCACACACUACUAUUACUCCAGCUCGGGGGUCCGGGCUCUACCAUUCUUCCACAUCAUCAGCAAACUACAUCAGUAAUGGGCCCCGGAAACGAUGCUGGUGGCCCGAGCUCCUCGGGCGACUCAUCCGACCUGAUCACGGAGGUUGUCAAGGAGCCCUCGGACGCCAGAGUGCAACUACUGGAGCUUAUGCAGAAGAGCAUGGCAGACUUGGCAACACAUGUCUAUUACACUGAUCAAGUAUCAGACAUGGUUGAAGCCAUACUAAGUCGUCUCAAACCAUCGCGUCUAUCUAGCAUUUCUUCAACGGCAGAUGCGAUUCAGAACCCUGAAGGAGCGAUAGAUGCCGUCGCGGAUUCGAUCAACAUGCAGGAGAAGAAGUAUGUCGACCGCUUUUUCUCCUUUGAGACUGCGCGCAUAACCGCCCUGGAGUCAGUCAAGGCCAUUAUCAAUACUGCAAAUGCUCGGCUACCAGGCAGCUCCUCUGCAUCUGUUGCAAGAAGCAAAGUCGGCGUGAGUGUUUGGGAAGGCACACAAUGGCUCCUACGUGAUCCUAGUGGGAAAGUGCGGAAGGCUUAUGUCGACGCAUUGGUUACUUGGCUCAAUUCGGAGAAAAAGAAGCAAGAUUUGACAAUUGUGGACAACUACAGAAGAAAAGAGAAGGAAGGCGAAAAGAGUGCAUUGACCAGACGCGCCGUGUCGAAUGCCUCGCCACGCGAAAAGGGCCCAAGGAAGGGCAAAGACACUUUUUUGUCGCUUGUUCACUUGGCCGUGUACGAGAAUGCACUGCAUUAUGUCGAUUCAGAAGCGGACUACCUGCUUCUCCAUCUCCUCCUAACAACACUGGUCAACAGGCUGGGCGUCAACGCGGCAAGGACUGGCCUACCCAUGAUCAUGCGCCUCCAAGAAGAUAUCGCCACCAUCGACAGUCCUGGCGCCAAAGUUAGGUUAGGCAGUCUAGUCCAUGGCUACCUCUGGGCGCUUAGCACAGCUCUUGACUUCGAAACCACCGCCGUCGGUCGCGCCUUACACAACGAAAUCACACGCCGUAGCAACAAAGGUCUCUGGGUAAAAAGCAUCAGCGUCCCGCCCAUGCCCAUCGACCUGAUUCCCACCCCUCACCCCUCCACCUUUAGCCUCCCGAGCGAAGUCGUCGAAAAAGAAGCUCUCAAGCCCUUCGAUAACCGUGAAGCGCUGGUCGAGAAGAUAUCGGACGGUUACGCAUUGUCACUAAACUCACCUCCUUCAUCACCUCCAGGAUCUCCAGGCCGAUCAAUGUCAAACUCUAGCACCAUGAUUCCUGCCAUCCAUCAACCCACUCACCAGACUUCCAACCACAACGAUGCGCCAAGCCUCUCAUACAAGGUUCGUGAGGAUCUGCUCGCAGAAUGGUCACGUGAUGCUUGUCUCGCUGCAAAUUCCAAGGACUCUUCUUCUGCAUCAAUAUCUGGCUCAAGAAGUGGAACGCACUACACUGCUACUCAUAGGAGUAAUUAUCUCGGCGUGAAUAUUCCCAACAGUCGAUUAGAUAGUGGUACAAAUUCUCCUGUCAGCCCUAGUCCUCGACGCGCCCACAGCCGCCCCCCAAGUGCUGCAGCAUACGGUCUCAUGGGUAGCCCGGGACGAAGUCGCAGUUCCGGCGGUGACUUGGGAAGUUCGAGUUCCGUCAGAAGUACUGUGCGUGUUGACGACUUGCGCCGGGCGCUUUCAACUAGUCACGGCGGCGCACCGCGAUCGAGUUACAAUCAGCGCGCUGCGAGUCAACAUAGAAAAGAAAUAUUUGAUGAGAGUGAGAGUGAUAGUAUGGUCAGUGUUCAUUCGCUCUCCGAUGCGUCCUUCUUGACUGCAGACCCGAGUGGCAAUGGUGAUCCUCGAGCCAGUGCAAUCAGCGAGGGCCCAGAAACUCCCGCUGCAACCAUGACGCCUAGGCCAGGAACGGCGACCACGAACUUACUGGGUAUGGAGGGUGCACAGAGCUAUGUUGACGCAAGGAAAAUGGGCGCAGAUACUGUCCCACCAGUUCCCCCCAUCCCAGACGCCCUUCGCAGUUCUUCAGCGGUUGUCAGCCCUCUAAAUCAGGACUUGGGCUUCAGACUCGAUCAGCAUAGUCCCAAAUCUAGCUCACUGGGAGACUCGGAUACAAGAGAUUUUGCGGCAACACCUGAAGCUGGGGCCAACGGCGACGGCGCGACGAACGCUAUGGUGAAGCAGGAUAGAAGCGUCAAGAGCGGGACAAGCAGAGGGCGUAGUGGAGAGAGGAAGAACAGAGGGAGUGGGUCAUUAAGAGCGGUGGAUAAACCGGAUUUCAAGAUGUUUUUGGAUAGUAUUGGGGUUGAUGAAGAGGAGGAAGAGGGGAAUGGUAGGAAUGCGGGAAUAGAGGAGUUGGAAAGACAUGGGGUUGGGAGGGCGCCGUACUAG